AUGUCGACCAGCAACUCCGUCCAGUGCUUUGGCAAGAAGAAGACCGCCACCGCCGUUGCCCACUGCAAGGCUGGCCGCGGUCUCAUCAAGGUCAACGGACGUCCUCUCCAGCUCGUCCAGCCCGAGAUCCUGCGAUUCAAGGUUUACGAGCCUCUUCUCGUCGUUGGCCUCGACAAGUUCGCCAAUGUGGACAUCCGCUGUCGCGUCAACGGCGGUGGCCAUGUUUCCCAGGUUUACGCUAUCCGACAAGCUAUCGCCAAGUCCCUGAUCGCCUACUACCAGAAGUUCGUCGAUGAGCACUCCAAGAACCUCCUCAAGCAGGCCCUCGUCCAGUUCGACCGUACCCUCCUCGUUGCCGACAACCGUCGUUGCGAGCCCAAGAAGUUCGGUGGUAAGGGUGCCCGCUCUCGCUUCCAGAAGUCUUACCGUUAA